AUCAUCGUCCUUGUCCUUAAACGCGUAAUAAAUUCAAUCCGAGAGGAGGAGAAAGAUCAGAUUCAAACGGCGUCUACCUUAAGAUCCAGAAAGAAUCGUCGGAAAUGUCUACGUUCAGUGGAGAUGAAACCGCUCCUUUCUUCGGCUUCCUCGGCGCUGCCGCUGCCCUCGUCUUCUCCUGCAUGGGAGCUGCAUACGGGACAGCCAAGAGUGGCGUUGGAGUGGCAUCGAUGGGUGUGAUGAGGCCAGAGUUGGUGAUGAAGUCUAUUGUCCCUGUUGUCAUGGCUGGUGUGUUGGGUAUCUAUGGUUUGAUUAUUGCUGUUAUCAUCAGUACCGGGAUCAACCCCAAGGCCAAAUCUUACUACCUCUUCGACGGAUAUGCGCAUCUCUCUUCUGGUCUCGCUUGUGGCCUUGCUGGUCUUUCUGCUGGAAUGGCCAUUGGUAUUGUUGGUGAUGCUGGUGUCAGGGCCAAUGCUCAACAGCCAAAGCUUUUCGUUGGUAUGAUUCUUAUCCUCAUUUUCGCUGAAGCUCUGGCUCUAUACGGUCUCAUCGUGGGGAUCAUCUUGUCUUCCCGAGCUGGUCAGUCCAGAGCCGAAUGAGGAAGAUAAUGCGCUUCUGCGUGAUUCUUUCUUUUGCUUGUCCGCCGGGAUGUUCUUAUAUUAUUUAUCAGGUUAGUAGGCACAACAGUGGUUUCGCUACGUGUAGACAAAAACCACACCUCAUCAAACUGUUGUUCUUUUUUCACUCUUCUGUUAUGUUUUUGUAAUAUUCGACCGUGACGGGUUCCUCUGUUCCCAGUAAGAUGUAACUGUGAGAGAUACUCUCCACUAUUUAUGUUCUUAUCACUCCAAUAAAUCACAGAAAACUCGAUUUGAUC